AUGGGCAUAUGUGGUUGUAAGAACUCUCCUAAAUAAAAAAGGCAAGAAAUGAAAUAAAUUAUCAACUAAGUUAAUUAAAAGCAAGUUAAAGAUGAUCAAUUUUCUGAAUUGAGUGAAGAAAUUUAAGAAAUUUUAGCCUAUUACUUAAAGAAUGAAAAUAAUUCUCCUCAAAAUAAAUAAUUAAGUGAAUCUAAUUAUUUAAAGCACAGUCUAGAAAUGCCAAAUACUCCUUAUUUUAAGAGCAAUGCAGAUUCAGAAGAUUAAUUUCAUUUUAUGAAAUAAGCAAAAUAAUUAGAAGAAAUUAGCAUAGUAAUUUAACAUUAAGAUUUAGGAAGCAAUUACCUAAUUAAAGCAGUGAUUUUUUACCAGUAAUUAAGGAAAAUAACAAUUAAAACAAUUAAGAAAAGAAAUAAAAAGUUUAUUUGAUAAAUAAUCAUAAAUUUUAAAGUAUAUGUCCAAUAUGUAAUAAUGAUCACAUUUGGUUUCAUAAUUGCAAAUAAGAAUUCAUAUAUUUAGAAGAAUAAUUAAUAUUUUGUUAACAAUGCAAUUUUAAGACUCUAAUAAAAGAAUAUGAGUUUGUAUGCUUAAAAACUUCAGAAAGAUUUAAAUUCUCAACAGAUUAAAUUGGAGAUUUAUUUGCAUGA